AGAGUCCUCCCGUGGGCACAGCGCCCAGCAGCGACACGAGUCGCUCCGACGCCAGCUCGGAGUCUCUGCAGCGGUGACCUCGCCGGACCCAGGGGAAGUUCAGGGUCGGAGGGCGGCAGCACCAGGCACCCGGCCCCAUGGAAGCUCGCGGGGAGCUGGACCCGUCCCGGGAAUCCCCGGGCGGAGACCUACUGCUGGCGUUGUUGGCGCGAAGGGCUGACCUGCGCCGAGAGAUCCCGAUGUGCGCGGGCUGUGACCAGCACAUCUUGGACCGUUUCAUCCUUAAGGCUCUGGACCGACACUGGCACAGCAAGUGUCUCAAGUGCAGUGACUGCCACGUACCUCUGGCUGAGCGCUGCUUCAGCCGCGGGGAGAGCGUGUACUGCAAAGACGACUUCUUUAAGCGCUUCGGGACCAAGUGCGCCGCAUGCCAGCUGGGCAUCCCGCCCACGCAGGUGGUGCGCCGCGCCCAGGACUUCGUGUACCACCUGCAUUGCUUCGCCUGCGUGGUUUGCAAGCGGCAGCUGGCCACGGGGGACGAAUUCUACCUCAUGGAAGACAGCCGGCUGGUGUGCAAGGCGGACUACGAAACAGCCAAGCAGCGAGAAGCCGAGGCCACAGCCAAGCGGCCGCGCACCACCAUCACCGCCAAGCAGCUGGAGACGCUGAAGAGCGCCUACAACACUUCGCCCAAGCCGGCGCGCCACGUGCGCGAGCAGCUCUCCUCCGAGACCGGUCUGGACAUGCGCGUGGUGCAGGUGUGGUUCCAGAACCGCCGGGCCAAGGAAAAGAGACUGAAGAAAGACGCAGGCCGGCAGCGCUGGGGACAGUAUUUCCGAAACAUGAAGCGCUCCCGCGGCAGUUCCAAGUCCGACAAGGACAGCAUCCAGGAGGGCCAGGACAGCGACGCCGAAGUCUCCUUCACCGAUGAGCCGUCCAUGGCUGACAUGGGGCCUGCUAGUGGCCUGUACAGCAGCCUGGGAGACCCUGCCCCUGCUCUGGGCCGGUCUGUAGGAGGCCUGGGCAGCUUUCCACUGGAGCACGGAGGCUUGGCAGGUCCAGAGCAGUACCGAGAGCUUCGCCCAGGCAGUCCCUAUGGCAUCCCCCCAUCUCCUGCAGCCCCUCAGAGCCUUCCUGGCCCUCAGCCUCUCCUCUCCAGCCUGGUAUACCCAGACACCAACUUGGGCCUUGUCCCUUCAGGGCCCCCAGGUGGGCCCCCAACCAUGAGGGUGCUGGCUGGAAAUGGACCCAGCUCUGACCUGUCCACAGAGAGCAGUGGUGGCUACCCAGACUUUCCUGCUAGCCCUGCCUCCUGGCUGGAUGAAGUAGACCAUGCUCAGUUCUGACCGACCCCCCCCCCACCCCACCCCCCCCCCGUUUCCCUGGCUCUAACUCAGAGGUCUUGGUGCUGCCUCUGAGUGGGCAGCUGGCCCCACUCCAUGCUGUCCAUUCCAAGGACCUCUGAGGAAAGGACAGGGUUCCCAAGUGGGAGAAUAGGGACGGUUCCACUUCUAGGUUCUCUGGAGCUGAGGGGCUCCAUGGGCCUUCCUUGGACACAAGGGUGGCCUGCCUGGUGGCUGUCCACAAGCCAGUGAUUCUUGACUAUUUCUUGUAAGCAUUUCUCUUCCUUUAUUGGCCAGUUAACCCUUGCUGCUAUUUCCAACAAGGCAGGAGACCAGGCCCUACCUAAAGUCCUGGCAUAAAACAAUAGUAAAACUUGCUUCAUCACUGAUGAGGCUUGGUAGGAGACUGUGCUUGUGCCCUCCCUGGCCACUGACAAAACCUGGGAGCAGACCUCUCCUCCCCACUGUUGCCAGCUCUCCCUCCCUGGAGUCUCCAGAUAUUUCUGCUCUGGAAUGCAAUGUGUUGGAGGAGUGAAGCUUUCUAGAGCUCCGUCUCCAAGGUGCAGUCUCUGACCCUGUAACGGUGAGAACAAUUCCUCUUCUGAGGCAUAGCCUUCCUCAGGUGCAGAGCAAAAUUGUGCACCAUGGACAGACACCAUUGCCAAACAGACUGUGGUCCUGUGCAGGGGGUGAGGUGGUCCUGCCAGCCCAGACCAGGAGGUCUCCCCUACAAGAGGAGGUUGGGCUGGGGGUCCUCCCAAUCCAAUUUGUCUCAGACACAAAGCUUGGCCUUGUGUAGGCUAAAAUCAUUCCUGUAAACCAGGAUCUUGGCUACCUGUUGGUUCUGUAAACAUCCUGUGACUUUUAUUUAUUCCCUGGUAAUCCACUCUUUCCAAGACUUCAAUAAAUUUGUCAGUUUCAGUGCUAG